AUGUCGACAACAUCGUACUACGAGCUCUACCGGCGGCUGACGAUUGGCUCGACGUUGACCGACGCCCUCGACACCCUCAUCAGCGACGAGAAGAUCCAGCCCCAGUUGGCCAUCCGCAUUCUCCAGAACUUCGACCGCAUCAUCUCCGAGCAGUUGAAGCAGGACGCGGGGAUCGCCAAGCUGAGACUCACGUUCAAAGGGAACUUGGACACCUACCGGUUUUGCGACGACGUGUGGACGUUCAUCAUCAAGAAAGUGAUCAUCAAAAUGACGGACUCGCUGGGCGAAGGCUCGGGUGAUAACGAGAUCAUGGUGGACAAGUUCAAGAUCGUCGCCUGCAACUCGCGCAAGGCAAGCGACCAGUAG